AUGGGCGAGGAGGCCGAGGAUCUGGGUGUGAAACAGGCCAGGGGUAGAGGACAACCCGUGUCCCCAGUUGUCAUAGAUGAGGACAGUGGUGGGCGUGGAAUCGGCGGCGAGGAGCUUGGCCAGGGGGAGGAGCCCGAUGGCGGGAGUUCCGACGCCGUGGAUGAGCACCACGUUGCGGGGGGUUGCCGUGGUUGA